AUGACCUCCCAGGCUUCAAAAGAUUUACCUGGACUGGAGGCAGUGAGGCGCCACCUGAGUCUCGGCUCUGUGAGUGAAGGGCUGGUGGGAAGCGUGGUCCCCGGCGCAGAGACGUGUGCUGUCAUGAAGGAGGGUGGCGAGAGUGACAAGGACCCAGGCACCGCCGCCCUCACCCACAAAACGGGCGGCGCCGACCUGGGCAUCAGCCUGGGGGCACAUCUGGGGGCGAGCCGGCACCUGGCGGGAGGACACCAUCACCGUCACCACCACCUCGGCGGCGGGGGUGGCCUUGCGGGGUUCCCUGGCCUGCAUCACCCGCUGCAACUGGCCGCACUCUCCUCGCAGCAACAAGCAGCGGCCGCCGCUGGCAUGCUCUACCCAUCUUUACUCGGCGCCAACCUAAACCCAGCAACGCUGAUGGCGUCUCUGGCAGCGGCUAGAUCGAGUCAUCAGUUCCUUGGACAACCACCUUCAGGACCACCGCCUGGCAUGGCCCCAACAACUACCACCCUGGCCAGCCUGCACGCCACGCUGGCCGCCGCAGACACAUCCCGCCAACGAGACCUCCUGGCCACUAUGGCCGCUGCUGACUCUGCACGACAGCGCGAUCUUCUAGCAACCCUCUCCAAGCUAGCAACUACCUCAGCCAACACAUAUUUACCUCACCAUGACUCUCCAGUCAAGCCAGAUUCAUCUGCGAUGGAUUCCGGAAGACACGGAAGCCCGAUGUCGCCAGCAUCAUUUUCUUCGUCCAGUGGCCUCGGUGGCUCGCCUUCCCUUGCGCCGCCCAUCACCCAUCCAAACCUUGUUUGUGCCAACAUGGCCGCCAGUAUCACCACGGGAGGACUCGGGUCGGAGACGCCAUCUCCCACGGCAGGCUCGUCGCCUCCUGGUAGCAAUGGUCGCCUUGAUCUUUACAUGAGCACUACGCCUACGCGAAAAUCAUCAAAUGGCCGCCCAGAUCGAAUUUUUACGUGCAAGAUUUGUAAUCGAAGCUUUGGUUAUAAGCAUGUGCUUCAGAACCACGAGCGGACUCACACAGGUGAAAAACCAUUUGAGUGUAAAGAGUGCCACAAAAGGUUUACGAGAGAUCAUCACCUCAAGACUCACAUGAGGCUUCAUACAGGAGAAAAGCCUUACCACUGUACACACUGCGACCGCCAAUUCGUCCAAGUCGCCAACCUUCGACGUCACCUGCGUGUUCAUACAGGAGAGCGACCGUAUUCCUGCGAGUUGUGCUCUUCCCGGUUUUCAGAUUCAAACCAGCUCAAGGCUCACAUGCUUAUUCACAAAGGAGAGAAACCAUUUGAGUGUGGUCGGUGUUCGGGACGGUACAGACGGCGUCACCACCUCAUGCACCACAAGUGUCCAAAUGAUCCCGAAAAUGACAGGCGAUUAGACACUAUACAAUAUAGCGAAAGCGAUACCUACUCCUUGGGACCUGAAGAUGAUGAUGAUGAUGAAUUCAACGAGGAAGAUUUGCCUCCCCCAGCGACGCUACUGGAUGAUGAGCCGCUACAGUUAGAGAAACGGCGGGAGAGAAAAAGUCGUGAUCCUCGUCGAGUGAUCAGUCAUCCCAUGAACGAAGUGAUGAGCAGUGUUCGUCUGGUGGGCACGGCUCACCUGCUCCGUGGCUUGCACUCUGCCUUGCCCGAGCAAACAGAACCCGAGGAUUUGAGUGUAGCUGGCACUCGCGGUCGCAACAGAAAUUAUUCGGGCAUGUCGGCUGUGUCUAGCGUGUCGGGGUUCCCAGUGAGUGAGCUCGACUACUCUCGGGAUUCGCUAAGCGCCACCAGGGAAGACGACGCUAGCGAAGGCGUCGGUGACUCCAGGUUCCCACGACAAUGCGAGGACGAGGAGCCCAUGUCCUCGCAGACGUGAAGAACGCCAACCCUUCUCCAGUAGUUCGUCCUGACACAACGACUCAACAGAACCCUCCAACCAACCUUUGGAGCGCCCUACAUGCACACGCCCCUGUACGCCCACGCCACACACCGCCAAGGUGCUGUGUGCCACCUACGCCCUUCGCUUGGCGCCUCUUGUUGGAGUUGAAAGAUUAUAUAUAUAUUGGGCGCCAAGCGACGUGCAAGGUGCCGCCCCUGUCCAUAAAUAUUCUGAAACGUUGCCUUCCACUUUUCUUCUUUUUGUAAGUGUUUUCAACCGUUGAUGCGGGAGAUGAGAGGCCAACCUCUGCUGUCCUACCUCUCUGGCCUCACACACCAGUACCCAACCCGCCAAAUUCUCAGCCUGAAACUAAUCUGACGAUUUUCUAAUGAUAUCUCCGAUGGAGAAGAUUCGCACCCCGCGGUCGCCCUUUUCUAGACUGUGAUCAUUUUAAAGGUCUCGAAGCUCUUUAUCCACAAAAAUCGCACACAUUUUCAAAAAUAUUGAAUGAGGAGAGUCGAGUAAACAACUUUCCCGACAUAAUUUGACUCAGGGUGAUCCCAAACUGUGACUUUAAUAACAUAAUUUAGAAUCAACUCAAAUGUUGUCUGGUGAAAGAAGGAUUCUCACGCUUCAUCCAUAACCCUCUCCCCUUCACACACAAGCACAGGUAUCUAAUCUCCCAUAGGCAGGCACAUACACGUAUAUACAAAUACACAAGCGAGGACCGAUGAGUCAUGUACAGUGGUUGUUGUACAAGCUGCACUGAUACACACAUCAUGUGCAAGAAGACACAUACACACUUAUGAUUUUUCCUUUAAUGCAUAACUCGAUACAUACCCCGCCUACACAUACACAUACUCUCACGAUUUAUCUAACUUUCUAAUUUAUUGUCCAACUUCUACUAUUAUCAGUAUGUAUGUAAAUUUAAGAUCUUUAAUAUUUUAAGUAUAAACGCGAGAAUUAUUAUUAUUAUUAUUAUUAUUAUUAUUAUUAUUAUUAUUAUUAUACUCAACAUGGGAGGUUCCUUGACAGUGGUAAUGGACGUUCGACCUCAACUAGGUGGUAAUCAUGCUCAGUUCAAGGAUGGGGAGGGUAGAUCGAACUUCUUGGAUCGAAAGCACUUUACGAGCAGCCAGGCAAACCCUUUGAAAGUACAUUGAGAGUCAAGUGCCGGAGACUGGGAGGUAGGUAGUGUGGUGACCCCUCAAGUCUACAACCACAGUGUGUUCGUACGUAGCAUCAUCACUGUUAAUAAAACACCAUCACUGUUAAUACCACACCGUCACUGCUAAUACCACACCAUCACUGUUAAUACCACACCAUCACUGUUAAUAUCACACCAUUACUGCUAAUAUCACACCAUUACUAAUACCAUACCAUCACUGCUAAUACCACACCAUCACUGCUAAUAUCGCACCAUCACUGCUAAUACCACGCCAUCACUGCUAAUAUCACACCAUCACUGCUAAUACCACACCACCACUGCUAAUACCACACCAUUAUUGCUAAUAUCACACCAUCACUGCUAAUACCACACCAUCACUGCUAAUACCACACCAUUACUGAUAAUACCACACCAUCACAGCUAAUACCAUACAAUCACUGCUGAUACCACACCAUCACUGCUAAUACCACACCACUGCUAAUACCACAUAAUCACUAAUACCACAUAAUCACUACUAAUAACACACCAUCACUGCUGAUACCACACCAUCACUGUUAAUAUCAUACCAUCACUGCUAAUACCACACCAUCACUGCUAAUACCACACCAUUACUGCUAAUAUCACACCAUCACUGCUAAUACCACACCAUUACUGCUAAUACCACACCAUUACUGCUAAUACCACACCAUUACUGGUAAUACCACACCAUCACCGCUAAUACCAUACAAUCACUACUGAUACCACACCAUCACUGAUAGUACCACACCAUCACUGCUAAUACCACACCACUGCUAAUACCACAUAAUCACUACUAAUAACACCAUCACUGCUAAUACCACACCAUCACUGCUAAUAUCAUACCAUCACUGCUAAUAUCACACCAUCACUGCUAAUACCACACCAUUACUGCUAAUAUCACACCAUCACUGCUAAUACCACACCAUCACUGCUAAUACCACACCAUCACUGCUAAUACCAUACAAUCACU